CUAUGUAUAGUGAUUAUAUGUAUAUAGUAGCAAAAUUACUGAAAAACUUACUUCUGUUAAAAUUUAUAUUGCAAUACAGUUUACAAUUAGCGUAUAAAGUGUAAAUAUAAAGUUACUCGUAUCAGCAAAUACAUUUGUCGAUUGGACGUAAAGUGAGGAGCAUGAAUUUGUCGGAGUGGGGAACGAAGAAGCAUUCAUUCGUAAAUGCACAAUAUAGAAAAAAGCGUCAGAAAUUAUUUGAACACGUGCAGUAUAUAAGUAGUAGUAUAAUGUUAUACUCUGUAUAGCAUUGUGUCAAGUGUAAAUAAUUUAGAGCGAAAAGCGAGGAACAUUUCAGAAAAUAAUACAAAAUGUCAUCGAGACGUCCGGAACAUUUAGCUCCACCAGAACUGUUCUCGAAUGAUAGAUAUACAGAAUCAAAUGUGUAGACGCGCCAUGGAACUUCUUCUACUGCCGGAGAAUACGGCGCAUUUACUCUUAGAUGUUGGAUGUGGUUCUGGCUUGAGUGGCAGUGUGAUCAAAGAGUAUGAACACGAAUGGAUAGGGAUCGAUAUAUCUUCCGCAAUGCUUGGCGAGUCUUCUGAAAAUCUGAUAUUUUUCGUACGAUGUAUUUGCAUAAUUUUAAUCGUGUGAAUGUAUUCGACAACAGGUGUGGCGCUAGAAAGGGAGGAGGUAGAUGGAGAUUUGAUUUUAGGGGAUAUGGGUCAAGGAAUGCCGUUUAAAGCAGGAACUUUUGACGGAGCAAUUAGUAUUUCUGCAUUACAAUGGUUGUGUAACGCAGAUAAGAAUUCUCAUGAUCCACCGAAACGAUUGUACAAAUUCUUUUCCACUCUAUUUUCAUGUUUAUCGCGAUCAGCCAGAGCUGUGUUUCAAUUCUAUCCCGAAAAUAACGAACAGAUCCAAUUAGUUACAACACAAGCGACAAAAGCAGGUUUUUACGGAGGUGUCGUCGUAGAUUUUCCAAACAGUACCAAAGCGAAAAAAUAUUUUUUGGUUUUAAUGACUGGAGGAACUACCGUUCUUCCAAGAGCUUUAGGCGUUAAUGAAACUGAUUCGGUUGUCCCGUACGCAUCUAGAAGAGAACAGAUGAGAAAAGCUAAAGGUAAAUACAUGAAGAGUAGCAAAGAUUGGAUAAUCGAAAAGAAAGAAAGACGUAGAAAACAAGGAAAGAAAGUUCCAGAAGAUUCAAAAUAUACUGGAAGAAGAAGAUGUGGAAGAUUUUAACAACAAAUAUUUGUCUGUUUUUCGCGAAUACUAGACUUCCGACAUUGAGAAAAUAAGUGUAUAUAUAUACAUAUAUAUAUAUUAAAAUAA